AGAAGAUCUUCCUGUAUAAAACUCCCUCACGUGCCAAACACGUGCCACGCUCCAACGCACCAAAAGCCAGACGCCUGCCCUAGCCUCGCGAUUUCCUUCUCCUCGCGAUUUCUUCUCCAGCGCCGCCUCCUCCCACCGUCGCCUCCACCGCAGCCAAAGCCUUCGUCGCCUGCGGCCUCCCUCCGAAGCCGCGUCCCUCCCGCGACCUCCCUCCUGCGCUGAAGCCCUAUCCCCGUCGCCUCCCUCCAGCGCCGAAGCCCUAGCCCCGUCGCCUCCCUCCAUCUGUUUGUGCUGCAAAAUCUGCUUUGGAAACGUUGGCCUGAUAUUUACAAAGGGAGAUCUCAAGGAAGUCAGUGAAGAGGUUGCCAAGUACAAGCCGGCUCAAAGUAAUUAUUAUGGAGGGUGAAUUUACGAGUUGUCGUCAUUUGAAUUUUAACGAAAAUAAAGCUAGUCGGGAAGGGGACUUUGAUGUUAUUGAUGAAGGCUUAAACAUUGAAACAGAUUUGGAUAUACCACAAAUGGGGUUGGAAUUUGAUACAGAAGAAGAUGCAUAUCAAUUUUAUUUGUCAUAUGCUAAAAAAGUGGGAUUUGGCAUAAGGAGAGUGACGGAGUAGUGGCAGCACCUGGCUGGAAUAGUAGCAACAGGCUUUUGGACGACUCUGCUUUCCGUGAAUGUGCAGCAGUAAAGAAGUCUUUCCUUUCUUCUAGUGCCUAAUUAGCACGUUUUGGUGAAUCACAUCAGGUUUAUUGAGAUGGAAUCCAGUUCCAAAGCUGAGGAAGAUAUCGGCUAUAGCAGCAUAACAACCAAGAAAGCCCAACUUCAAUCUAUGCUUUCAACUCUCCUGGAUGAUCCAAUUCUGGCAGAUGUUUUGAAGAAACCUACCCUUGUAGAUGUUGACACCUUGAUAAACUUGGAGCUAGGCAGUGCAAUGAAGAUAACUAUAGUUAAGAUGGACAAUACCUCAUUCGAUGUUGCUGUGCUGAACUCUGCUACCGUUAAGGAUUUGAAAUUAGCAAUCAAGAAGAAAAUAAAUGAGAUGGAGCAAACAACAAUGGGUCAUCGCCACAUUUCAUGGAGGCAUGUCUGGGCUAACUUUUGUCUUUCUCAUCAAAAUGAAAAGCUGGUUGAUGACAAUUCUGUGCUUAGUGAAUAUGGCGUAAGCAAUAAUUCCAAGGUACAUUUUUUCCCUUUUGUCGCAUCCAGGGCGACCCAGAAACAUUCUAAGAGAAGGAAACACCGUUUCUUUCAUGGUCUCAGUAAAAGGUUAUAGCUUCGCCACGAGCUCAAAGUUCUGAUACUGUUGUUUUCUUCUUUAUGGUAUUUUGCAGUUUUACUUCACCGAUAAAUUGAUAAUGAUGACAAUUUUAAUGUGGAGAUAUUUGAUUGUGUUGACUGUCAAUUAUUUUAGCGAAUUAAUUAUUAAAAACUUAGUAAUUUUAAUUGAUAUCA